UUAACAGUUAAACAUGCCCGGAUUGGAAAAGAUACAUUUAGAAGAUGCUUGGGAAGAUAAUCCACAAACUAGAUCAUUAGUGGCAUUAUUUGAACAAGAUGGACGAACACUUAAAAAAUAUAUUGAAUCACUUUAUGAUCAUUGUGAACAAGUUUUAAAUGCCCAGAGAGAAUUAGCUGAUGCUACUAACAAUUUGUCCAGACACUUAAGAAUAUAUGAAGACCAGUCUUUUCCUUUGGAUACAGAUCCAGACAGUGUUUUAAGAUCUACUUUAAGACAGAUUUCCAGUAUGUUAGAUGAAGUAAGUUCUUGGCAGCAAAUGUGUGCAACACAAAUGGCAGAUGGCAUGAUGUUUCCAUUAAGUCGAUUUAUUGAUGCAGAUUUAACAGAGAUAUUUACAAUGGGUGAAAUGUUUCAUGCUUCAUGCAAUGAAUUAAAACAAGCAGUUGGUAAAUUUUGCAAAGUACCACAGAGAAGAGAUAAUGAAAAGCAAAGACAAGAUACACGAGAUGAUGUUUAUACAACUAGUAAAAAAUUUCAUAAGAUGGCUCUACAUUAUUAUGCCAGUUUAAAUGCUCUUCAAUACAAAAGAAAAAUUGCUUUAAUUGAGCCUUUGUUAGGUUACUUACAUUCUCUGAAAUCUCAUUUUGCUGUUGGGUAUGAAGCAUUGAAUACACCAGAAGUGGAAUCCUUUCUCUCUAAUAUUAGCACAAGUGUCCAAGGAGUACAAGCUGAACUUGGUCAAGAAACCCAGAAAACUGUAGAAUUAAUUGAAUCUAUAGAAAAACAAAGUCAGCAUUUAUAUUAUGCUGAAUUGCCUGUUGAUUUGCCAUAUAUUCCACCAAAUACAGGACUUAGCCAGAAGUCAGGAUAUCUGUUUCAAAGAACAAAAUUUGCUGGAAUGGUAACAAAAUGGGAACAAAUAUAUUUUUAUACUGUAGGAGGAUAUUUGAUGAGCAUAAGUAAAGAUGAGGUUGCAGGCAGUUCUGUAAUGGAGUUAGAUAUAAAAGUAGCUGCUCAAGCUUUGGAACAAGAAGAUCGAAGAAAUGUUUUUCAAAUAUCAAAUGGAAAAAAAGUAGUUAUUCUGCAAGCUAUAAAUGAAAGAGAACGAGAUGAAUGGAUUGCCACAAUAAAUAAUAUUGCAAAGGAGUCCCAUUCUUGUCAAGAGUAUCCAAAACCAGUUAAACAGCUAUCAAAAGAUAGAAACUCACAGAAAUCAGUUGAAAAGUCAGAACGUUCAUCAAAUUAUACUCCAUCUCCAACAAGUAGUGAAGCAGGUGAGAAAUCAUCAUUUUAUUCUUCUCAACCAUCAUCUCCAAUGGGACAUUUGUUACCUGACAUACCUAUACAAUUUGAUAUGUUUUCUCCUUCUGACAAUACAAGAGAUGAGCAGGAAAAUUCUAAGGAUGGGACUUCUGUAAGUAAUCCUUAUGAUCAAUCUCCUACAAGUGUAACAACUGAAGGAUCCACAAAUUCUACAAAUACAUUUUGGGAAGUUUUUGCUGUUAGAUUUCUUGGUAGUAUGCAGGUUCCUAAUGACAGAGGAGAAAAUUUAAUCUUUGAAACUAUGAGACAGAUUAUGACAGCUCGUGCUAUUCAUGGCGUAUUUAAAAUGUCAGAAUCGCAUAUGGUAAUUUCUAAUAGUUGUUUAAAAAUUGUAGAUCCCUCGCAUCAAGCUAUAAAAGCUACAUUUUCUCUUGAAGAUAUAUCAUUUUGGACUGGUCAUAAAGAUAAUAACAGAUUAAUAGGUUUUAUUACUAGAUCUAAGUCAGAUUGUGAAAGUCCUCCAACAUUUCAUUGUUAUAUUUUUGAAGCUCAUUUGAAUGCACAAGAGAUAUGCAAUGCACUAUCAACAGCAGCCAAUAUUGCACUAAAAAAAUUAUUAGAAAAUAAAAAUAAAGAAAAUAUUCCAGAAGCUUCCAUGGAAAAUCUUAGUAUUGCAGAUAAUCCAUCUGAAGAGCAGCCUACAAAAACAUUGGAACAUAAACAGGAAAGUCAGUCAAAUGUUAUUGCUACUGAAGAUUCUCCAUCAGCAGGAAAUGAAAACAAGGUUGUAGAAGCAUGAUAAAUAAUUUUUUCAAGGGAAUUUUAAUCAAGUUUAUUAUUAAAGUGAUAUAUUUCACUUGUGUACAGAAUGAAGCAAUAUUAAAAAGAUAAAAUUUAAACUUUUAUAAAGUGAUCUAUUAAGAAUUACAUAAUUUAUUGGAAAUAUUUAUUCAGAUCUGAUGCUAAAAUUUAUAGGGAAAUUAAUCUAAAAUUAAUUUUUUUAAAAUUAUAUAAACACAUUUAAGAAAUGUCAAUCAAUACAAAUAUUUUGAGUUUAGCAAAAUGGUGAGUUUGACAUGCUGAUAAUUUCAUCUAAGUUU